AUGCGUGCCCACUGGGCGUUGCUGCUGUCGUUGAUCUCGAUACUCGUCACCCCGGCGCUAUCAUCGACUGCCUCGUCCACCUUCCCGCAAUGCGCUCUUUCGUGUCCUGGGCUACAACAGGCCUCGACUAGCUGUGCCGCUGGCGGCUCUUCAUCCUGGCUCUCCUGCUUCUGCAAGUCUCCUCUCCUGUCCUCCAGCAAAGUCUCCGACUGCUCUUCCUGUCCCGAUCCCUCCGAUCGGAACCUCAUCACCACAUGGUAUAAGCAAUACUGCACGGAUCGUUCCCCCGAGGGCGGGAACCUGGUAACGAAACGUGCCGAUGGCCAGGACCAGUCUUGGUGGAGUACGCACUAUCAAUGGGUGAUCAUGGUGAUCGUCUUGGCAGUGGGCUUUAGUCUCAUCGCGGUCGGUGGCGUUUACCUAAAACGCCGCUAUGAUGCUAAACAUAUCCCCUAUAUGGUGGCUGCUCCAGGACCGGGCUUCAGCAACAGUGCUGGUGUAUUGGCCCCGGCCCCCGUCGCGGACGCGGCGUCAGCCCCCGGUCCGCGUCCACCAAAAAGCGCUGGCCCCGUCUCCCUUGCGAGCAGCUCGCGGACAGACAUCCCCCGGGGAUCGACGCCCUUGGGCAGUAGUCGUCGCCUCACCAAAGGCGCUCAGACAGCUGCGGGUGACGUGGAGAUACGUCAAAUGUCCCGCUCACGCUCAUGA